AUGCCUAAGGCCUCGGCUUUACCGUAUCUCAAUGUGAACGCCGCGAAAAACAAUGAAGAGUUCAAUCGUUUGACUCCUGCCACAUUAAGCCCUCGUUCUACUGGAUCACCUCGCAGUCCUGGUUCAGCUCCUGCCUCCCCAUAUUUACAAGGAGGUGCCGUCCCGUCCAUGAUGCACCAUAUUUCUGCAGUUGAAGAUAAUCGAAACGAUUCACAUCAGAUGGCUCCUACUUCCCCUCGGAUAACGGCCAUGCCGGAAUUCCCACCUUCACCAGGGCCACCAUUGUCGCCAAAGCACGGUCGAGACACGUCAAAAGGCUUCUUCUCCAACUUGAUCGCGUCCAAGUCUUCGCAUAAAUUGCAUUCUUCAGAAGGUGCAAUUCCAGAAGCUGUCGAACGACCAAGUGCAAGGAGCCGGGCUAACUCCAAAGAUCGGGCUUUGCACACGGUGAAAAAGCAGGGAUCAACUCCCGAACUGACACGAUAUGCCCAAGGGAAUGGCACAGCCAACGGUCAUCCUCAAACAAGCCACUCAGAAGUGACCGGCUUACAGGUCUCCAGCGAGUCCAUGCAGGCAAAGAAGGCAAAGUCAAAGUUGGGUGGGAUUCUCUCGAGAACCAAAACCCUCAAAGUCGAGGAUAGUCCACCCAGACAGAGAGGUCCCAAUAAUCUCCAGAUUGACCCUGCAUCUCAAACUCGAGACCCUAUCGAACCGUCACCCAAAACUGCACCUAUUCGAGCAGAUUUCCGGGAAAGAGCUCUUGUCAGCGAGAAUGGAGCGACUCUUCGAAACCAAUCAGUGGAUCGCCAACCCCGGGAAGAUUCUCAUUCGAGAAGGGAACGGCAGGCGGCAGCCCUUCCGAUGUCACAGUCAUUCCGCGACGGAUCACUCUUUUCCAACAUCGGGCAAACCGGAAAAGGCAUGGGAGAUCGGCUCGGCAAGGCUGGCAAAGGAUUUUUCGGGAAGAUUACUCGGAGUGGGAGUAGCAAUGAACGUGAUCAUCUCACCGAUGACAAUUAUACGUGUACCACGAUCAACCUCCCGCUUGUCAAGCAAACCCGGAAAACAAGAAUUGCAAGACGGUUGGAGCUAUCCAAAGACAAGACUGAGUUCUGGAUGCCGGCACUACCUUGGAGGUGUAUCGAUUAUCUGAACAUGAACGGUUGUGAGGAAGAAGGACUUUAUCGUAUUCCCGGAAGUGGAAAGGAAGUCAAACAUUGGCAGCGACGUUUUGAUUCCGAGUGUGACAUCAAUUUGUUCGAUGAACCUGACCUUUAUGACAUCAACACCAUUGGUUCGAUGUUCAAGUCAUGGCUACGAGAAUUGCCUGACGAGAUUUUGCCCAAGAGUAUUCAGAACAAGGUUGCCACACAAUGUGCUGGAGCAACAUCUGCGCCUCAACUGCUUCGAGAUGAAUUAUCCCGACUUCCACCAUUCAACUAUUACCUCUUGUUCGCCAUCACAUGCCAUCUUAGUCUCUUGAACAGCUAUGCCGACAAGAAUAAGAUGGAUUAUCGCAAUCUAUGCAUCUGCUUUCAACCCUGCUUGAAGAUCGAUGCUUUUUGCUUCCAAUUCUUGGUCAUGGAUUGGAAGAAUUGCUGGCAAGGUUGCUGGACUGAAAAGGAGUAUCUGGAAGAAGAGUAUCGUUAUCAACAAGAAGGAUCGAUUCAUGAAAGUGAAGAUCUUGCUGUGGAUGAUCGCGCGAUCUCUUCCAGUGGUAGCAGUCAUCAGCCAGCUCCAUCGCUUCCACCGAGAAGUGCUGAUGCUUCAGCUCAGAGGAAGUCAAUGGCACCGAAAAGCAAACAACGAAGUCUGUCAUCAGGUGGAGGAGCUCGGGAACGAUCCAAUAGUGGACACACGACCUCUCAGAGUGUAACUGCCGUGCCUCGAAUGGUGACACCCGAGCCACAGACGUUAACACUCGAUUCCAAGCUCCCUGAACUGACUGGUCUUUCGCCGAUCAGAAUGUGA